AUGGCUUUCACCAACAAAAUCGCAGCUGCAUUCACCCACGAUGUCACUAACGACCUCGGCCAAUAUGUAAUGCCACAUCUGAUCGAGUGGUGGAAAGUCGUCAGAGCAGAGCAUGAUUAUCACUACAAGCAAAUAGCAGAGCUCAAAGCCUUGAUACGACAAGCCGAUAAAGCGAUCGCACCGGCCAAAAAGCGAGACGGCCCACAAUCAAUCGUAACGAAGCGCUUGAUUCAGCACAGGCGCUCUUCCCACGAAAAUGUAAAACCAUUGGAAGACAAGAUAUACCUGCUGAGACGUCAUCUAGCUUCUUUCGACAAAAUCUUCAAUGCAGCCAUCGAGCCCUACUCUCGCGCCUCCUCCCUCGCACUCACCUCCGCCCUCUACGCAAAAUGCCCCCGCGAGCUACGCGAUAUGGUGUACUCGCAUCUCCUCGAGGGCGCCACCCUCAGUGACCAAUUCGCGAAACAAGUCUGGCUCCCCUAUGAGUCAGUGGACUACUCUUUCCCAAUCUUUCUGAACCCAGAAUAUGUCUAUGAAGAAGUGGUGUCAGAGAUGAUGCACAUCCUCGCGAAACGAUUCACACCGACACGGUCAAAACUACGUGCAUUCUUCACAACAAGCGAUGUUGAGCUCGAGUUCGCCGCCUCGGAAUUCUUCAGGCAUCUGCGCGAGGCGACGUUUCCAAAUACUGUGUUUGCGACGCCGCCUCUGAGGAGUGAUGCGGAGAAGAUGAGGGCGGCUGAGGAGCUGUAUGGAAGGUACUGUCGUGGAGGCAUGUUGAAGCCGACUUGCAGGUUCGUGACGAAAGUGGCGAAGCGAGAGGAGGUGGAAUGGUGA